CACACACACACACACACACACACACACGCACACGCGCACGCACCCAGCAAAAGGAGGGGGGAAAGAGGCAGCAGAAAUCUCAGCUGUACUUCUAGCCCUUUUAAAAAGUUUGCUCUGUAAAUUGGAAUGAGGUCAGAUUUGGAGCUUCUCAUUGCACGCGGAGAUUAUUAUUGCAUCGGGUUCCAAGCCAAUGGGAAGGACGGGGGAGGGGCUUGGCACGAGGAAGCGUUAGUUACAGCGGCUGAUUGGCUGUCUGCGAAGGGAUAAAGAAGCGCGAGGCGGAAUUGGGGUCUGCUCUAAGCUGCAGCCCGAGAAACAGAGUGAGGGAAAGAGGGCCCGUCUCCCUCCCGGUUUCCAGUUCUUGCAAGCUGUUUCUUAGAGAGUCUGCAGUGGGGGAACUCUGCCGGCAACCAGCUCCCCUUCUUGCAGGAGGGAGGGAGAAACAUACAUUUAUUCAUGCCGGUCUGUUGCAUGCAAGCUUCUUGGCUUCUUACCUUGCAACAAAAUAAUUGCACCAACUCCUCAGCGCCGAUUCCGCCCACAGAGAGUCCCGGAGCCAGAGUCGCUUUGGCUUUGCACUGCAGGAAAGGGACUUAGACGCUAGAGACGAUGUCUCUUUCCUGAGCUACCGCGAGCUCUCGUGAACUGCAAUCGACUGCUUCAGGGAAAGGGGUGGGAGAAAGACUUGCCCCGGAGGCGGCGAGAAACUUGCGUUUGGAAGAUACUCCGGCUACCAACGUUUGGAGAAACUCCUCGCCGCGGCCGACUCCAGCCUCGGUGCCCGCAGGGAGCACUUCAGCGGUGAGGGAGGACGGAGGGCCUCGGGGACUCUAGGUUGGCGGCGGGAGGCGGCUGCCCCUGGCCCGCGCGCCGCUCAGGGGACCCUGGUCUCCGCCCCGGGGAGCCCGCAGGGCCCGGCGACCGCGCCGCGAGCGUGUGAGCGCGCGUGGGCGCCCGGCAAGCCGGGGCCAUGGUACAACAGACCAACAACGCGGAGAACACGGAGGCUCUGCUGGCCGGGGAGAGCUCGGACUCGGGCGCCGGCCUGGAGCUGGGCAUCGCGUCCUCCCCGACGCCCGGCUCCACCGCGUCCACGGGCGGCAAGGCGGACGACCCCAGCUGGUGCAAGACGCCCAGUGGCCACAUCAAGCGGCCCAUGAACGCCUUUAUGGUGUGGUCGCAGAUCGAGCGGCGCAAGAUCAUGGAGCAGUCGCCCGAUAUGCACAACGCUGAGAUCUCCAAGCGGCUGGGCAAACGCUGGAAGCUGCUCAAGGACAGCGACAAGAUCCCGUUCAUCCAGGAGGCGGAGCGGCUGCGCCUCAAGCACAUGGCUGACUACCCUGACUACAAGUACCGGCCCCGAAAGAAGGUGAAGUCGGGCAACGCGGGCGCGGGAUCGGCGGCCACAGCCAAGCCUGGGGAGAAGGGCGACAAGGUCGCGGGCAGCAGCGGCCACGCGGGCAGCGGCCACGCGGGGGGUGGCGCGGGCGGCAGCUCCAAGCCCGCGCCCAAGAAGAGCUGCGGCCCCAAGGUGGCGGGCAACUCGGUCGGCAAGCCCCACGCCAAGCUCGUCCCGGCGGGCGGCGGCAAGGCGGCUGCAUCGUUCUCUCCCGAGCAGGCCGCCCUGCUGCCCCUGGGGGAGCCCGCGACCGUCUACAAGGUGCGGACUCCCAGCUCGGCCACCCCGGCUGCCUCCUCGUCACCGUCCAGCGCGCUGGCCACCCCCGCCAAACACCCUACCGACAAGAAAGUGAAGCGCGUAUACCUCUUCGGAAGCCUGGGCGCUUCGGCGUCGCCGGUUGGGGGCCUGGGAACGAGCGCCGACCCCAGCGAUCCACUGGGGCUGUACGAAGAUGGGGGCCCGGGAUGCUCGCCCGAUGGCCGGAGUCUGAGCGGCCGCAGCAGCGCAGCAUCAUCGCCCGCCGCCAGCCGAUCGCCCGCUGACCACCGCGGCUAUGCCAGCCUACGCGCAGCCUCGCCCGCCCCGUCCAGCGCGCCCUCGCACGCGUCCUCAUCGCUGUCCUCGUCCUCUUCUUCCUCCUCGGGCUCUUCGUCGUCCGACGACGAGUUCGAAGACGACCUGCUCGACCUGAACCCCAGUUCAAACUUUGAGAGCAUGUCCCUGGGCAGUUUCAGCUCCUCAUCGGCGCUCGAUCGGGACCUGGAUUUUAACUUCGAACCCGGCUCAGGCUCCCACUUCGAGUUCCCGGACUAUUGCACGCCCGAGGUGAGCGAAAUGAUCUCGGGAGAUUGGCUGGAGUCCAGCAUCUCCAACCUGGUCUUCACCUACUGAAGGGAGCGCGGCCCGGGAAGAAGGAGAGUCAAGAGGGAGGAGAGGAGAGAGGAAAACAAAACAAAAAAAAACAAAACAAAACAAAAAAAUUUAAAAAAAAAAGAAAGAAGGAAGGAAAGAAAGAAAGAAAAAAGAGGAAAAAAAGAAUAGAUGGAGAGUGGAAGGAGAAAGGGGAAAAGAAAAGGAAGAAAAAGUGCAUAGGGCUGGCCUAGACCACGUCCCACCGUUGGAAAAGGAGCACGGGGGCGUAGUGAACUCGUGCUCCCAUCCCCCACUCUCAGGGCUGGGGGCUCCAGGAGGCGGAGAGUAGGCGGGGGGGGGGGGGCGAGCUUUUUUUUGUUGUUUUUAUUGAUGUUGGUGGUGGCUAAAAAAGCUACUUCGAGUUUCCUCCCCAAUUUUGCUUGAAGAGACUCCCCCCCUCCCCUUCCAACGAGCUUCCGGACUUGGUUGCACCCCCAGCAAGAAAAGAAGCCAAGCAAAGCUUCUAAAGACCGAAGGAAUCUUGCCCCCCCUCUCGCCUCGGUGAUUUCUUGCUUGAUUUUAUUUUGCCUCUUGGUCAAGAAAGGAAAGGAGGGGGGAAAUCCAGCGCGCCCCAUCUCCUACCCACCCCCUCUUUUGUAUUCUCUUCGUAUUUUUCCCUUUUUAAAUUUUCUUUUUCUGCAAUGAAGAUAGAAGGCUCCGGGGUGAUGUGUUUGGCCAAGGCAUGGUAUUGGGCUUAGGGGAGCAUUGGCAUGGAGAAACUCCACGCUGGCGAAGUCCCGGGCUGGCUUUCUUUCUUUCCCCUCCCCCCUCCCCCCCUUCCUUGUCCCUGCAGCUGGAGGAGAUGUGCAGGGAGCAGCAGGCCAGCCUCGGAAAUGGACAUGGGGACCGCGUGGAAGCCACAGCAGCCUGGUUGGGGACGCAGAAGGACCCGGAGCACAGAGGGCGUUGGAGUCCCCGGGCCUCCGCCUGGGGUCUGUGCAAAAAUAAAGAAUUAAAAAAAAAAAAAUUCAGAGAGGUGAGGCUACCCAGAGCCGGCGGGAGGAUAGGAGACUGUGGGAUGUGGUCCAGGGGCCGCGGAGUGGUUUUGGGGGGGGAAAGAAAUUUUUUCUUCUCUUAAUGGGAAUCGUGAUGGUGUUGAGUUAUUUCACUGGUGGGGUUAAUAUAGCAUGUUAUCCUGUCUAUCUUUGAAGAUUUCUGUAUAAGACUGUUGAGCAGUUUUUAAAAUAGUGUAGGAUAAUAUAAGAAGCCGAUAGAUGGCGCUAUGUUUGAUUCCUACAACGAACCGAUCACCAGCUCCUUUUCAUUCUUAACUCUUUAAAAGGAUUCAAACGCAACUCAAAUCUGUGCUGGACUUUUGAAAAACCACAAUUCAGGACCAAAUUUUUUCUCCGUGUGUGUUUAUUCUUUAUAGGUGUAAUUGAGAAGACCCGUUUAUUUUUACCCCCUCACGGACGCUCCAUCUUUGUAUUUUUUUUCCCUUGUAAAUGUAAUCAGAUGCCAUUUUAUAUGUGGACGUAUUUAUACUGGCCAAACAGUUUUCUUAUUUUUGUCCCCCCUUUUUUCCCUUUUCUUUUGCUUUCUUGUCUUUUGACCUCGUUUCUUUAUCUUCCUUUUUAUUUUCUUUCUUUUUCUUCGGUUUUUUUUUUUUCUAGUGUUGUUACCCACGCCAUUUUACGUCUCCUUCACUGAAGGGCUAGAGUUUUAACUUUUAAUUUUUUAUAUUUAAAUGUAGACUUUUGACACUUUUAAAAAACAAAAAAAGACAAGAGAGAUGAAAACGUUUGAUUAUUUUCUCAGUGUAUUUUUGUAAAAAAUAUAUAAAGGGGGUGUUAAUCGGUGUAAAUCGCUGUUUGGAUUUCCUGAUUUUAUAAUAGGGUGGCUGGUUAAUAUCUCACACAGUUUGAAAAAUCAGCCCCUGGUUUCUCCAUGUUUACACUUCAAUCUGCAGGCUUCUUAAAGUGACAGUAUCCCUUAACCUGCCACUGGUUUCCACCUUUUAACCCCCGGUCUUCUAAGGGGAGGAGAGUUCAGCCCAGCACCAUAAUGCUUUAAAGAAAACAGAUUUUUUAAACGAAUUGCUGUUCUGUCCAGAGGUUUUUAAACUGGUGCAUUCACAGCAAAAAGGGAUUCUGUAGCUUUAACUUGUAAACCACAUCUUUUUUGCACUUUUUUUAUAAAGCAAAAACGUGCCGUUUAAACCACUGGAUCUAUCUAAAUGCCGAUUUGAGUUUGCGACACUAUGUACUGCGUUUUCAUUCUUGUAUUUGACUAUUUAAUCCUUUCUACUUGUCGCUAAAUAUAAUUGUUUUAGUCUUAUGGCAUGGUGAUAGCAUAUGUGUUCAGGUUUAUAGCUGUUGUGUUUAAAGAUUGAAAAAAAGUGGAAAACAUCUUUGUACAUUUAAGUCUGUAUUAUAAUAAGCAAAAAGAUUGUGUGUAUGUAUGUUUAAUAUAACAUGACAGGCACGAGGACGCCUGCCUUUUAAGAGGCAGUUCCGUUAAGGGUUUUUGUUUUUAAACUCUUUUUUUUUUUUUUUCCUUUCUUUUUUUUUUUCUUUUUUUUUUAACCAUCCAUCCUGUGCAAUAUGCCGUGUAGAAUAUUUGUCUUAAAAUUCAAGGCCACAAAAAGAAAAAAAAAAGCAAUGUUUGGGGGAAAGAGAAAAAGAAAAAAGAAAAAAAAAAUUCAUGCCAGCUAAUCCUGUCCGUCACUGCCUGUCAGGUUGUUGCUAUAUACCUUCUGUAAAUAACUUUUUUUGAGAAGGAAAUAAAAUCAGCUGGAACUGAACCCUAAA